AUGGCGUCACUGCAAGCACAUGAUGACAGUGAUGACAAUCUUUAUCCUAUUGCAAUACUUAUCGAUGAACUUCGAAAUGAAGAUGUACAAUUACGUUUAAAUAGUAUACGUAAAUUAUCAACUAUUGCAUUAGCAUUAGGUGUUGAACGAACACGUGGAGAACUUAUUCAAUUUUUAACAGAUACUAUUUAUGAUGAAGAUGAAGUGCUUCUUGCUUUAGCCGAACAGCUAGGCAAUUUUACACCUUUGGUUGGUGGUCCAGAUUAUGUUUUUUGUUUGCUUCCGCCACUAGAAAAUUUGGCCACCGUAGAGGAAACUGUUGUGCGUGACAAAGCAGUAGAAAGUUUACGGAAAGUCGCUGACAAACAUUCAAGUGCUGCCCUUGAAGAACACUUCAUUCCAAUGGUCAGACGUCUUGCAACAGGAGACUGGUUUACGUCGCGAACGUCUGCUUGCGGACUAUUUAGUGUUGCUUAUCCGCGAGUAAACCCUGCUAUCAAAGCAGAAUUAAGGAGCUUGUUUCGAACGCUGUGUCGUGAUGAUACACCGAUGGUACGAAGAGCAGCGGCUUCAAAAUUAGGAGAGUUCGCGAAAGUGUUUGAAUCCGAUUUUCUUCUCGAAGAACUUCUUCAGAUGUUCAUGGAUUUAGCUUCAGAUGAACAGGAUUCUGUACGACUGUUGGCAGUUGAAGCUUGCAUUUCAAUUGCAUCUUUAUUGACGGAAGAGCAGCGGAAAGAGCUUAUUAAGCCAGUUCUCAUCAAUUUAAUUGAAGAUAAGAGUUGGCGUGUGCGUUAUAUGGUCGCAGAAAAAUUUACUGAUAUACAAUCUGCCGUCGGCAAAGACAUAGCAGUCAACGAACUUCUUCCAGCGUUCAGUAGUCUCUUGAAAGAUAUGGAGAGUGAAGUGCGCAGUGCAGCUGCUGGAAAAAUACAAACCUUUUGCACUGCACUUCCCGCUAAUGAUCGAGAUAAAUCUAUUUUAACUCAUGUUUUACCUGUUGUCAAGGAACUUAUGACUGAUCCAAAUCAACACGUAAGGACAGCACUUGCUUCAGUAGUUAUGGGUUUAGCUCCAGUAUUAGGAAAAGAGCUUACAAUGGAACAUUUGUUGCCAAUUUAUCUCAUUCUUUUGCGUGAUGACACUGCUGAAGUACGACUAAACAUUAUUUCUUCCUUAGAUAAGGUGAAUGAAGUGAUUGGUGCUUCGCAGUUGUCGCAGUCUUUAUUACCAGCAAUUGUUGAAUUGGCUGAAGAUGGAAAAUGGCGAGUGCGCCUAGCUAUUGUUGAUUUUAUGCCGCUGCUUGCCGCUCAACUGGGGCAAGAUUUCUUCGACGAUAAAUUGCUCCCACUCUGUAUGGCAUGGUUAACCGAUCAUGUUUAUGCUAUACGUGAAGCCGCAACAAGAAUUCUGAAACAGUUAACAGAAAAGUUCGGUGCAGUUUGGGCUAUGAAUCAAGUCAUACCCAAGGUGAUAGCUCUUGCAGCUGAUACAAACUAUUUGCAUCGAAUGGCUUGUCUAUUUUGUUUCAAUACUCUUUGUGAAGUACUGGGAGCAGAUCACACAGUAAAAGAAAUUCUACCAAUUGUGCAACAGCUAAGUGAUGAUCAUGUGCCCAAUGUGAGAUUUAAUGUCGCUAAAACUCUUUUGCGUAUUGGUCGCACUGUUGAUCAAGGUGUCAUUAACAACCAGAUUAAACCACUGCUGACGAAAAUGUGUGCUGAUAGUGAAUUUGAUGUCAGAUACUUUGCUGAUGAAACGAGAAUGGGUUUGUUUCUUGUUCAGUUUUCUUCAUGUUAG